GCCUCUCCGCAAAGUGCUAUCUACGUCAGCUUUGCAGCGACACGUGCAGUUCUCUGUUUCUAGCGCGGCAACGAGCGCGCGAGAUAGGGCGAACCCGAAGUCUAUCAACUUGUUGUAAAGGAUUUUUCCGGUCCGGGUCCUUCUGCCUUUUCCGCAAGGUAACAAGCGGGUUUCUUAUACAUAUAUAUAUAUAUAUAUAUAUAUCUGCCCACAGCCUUCCACGCACGCGUGCGUCUGCAACGAGUCGAGCGCUUCGUCAAACCUGCAUAAAUAUAUAUGCACCGACACUGUCUUUCCCAUUUCAGAAGUUGCUUCUUCUUUUAAUAUUAUUUGCUUACUUCAACUGCCUUCUCCUUUCCCCAGUGGUGUACACGUCGGUGUGAGUUUUUUUUUCUGGCUUCCCUUCCUUUCCUGUUGAUACGCCCGCUAUAACCGCGUCGUGCACAGCACAUAUACUGCUCUUUCUCUUUCCUUUUCUUUAUUUCACCGAUGGCGAAAUCAAAAGGUGAGGACGGCGGCGGUGGCUUCCUCGAGGCCAUAAAGCUGAGUUGGGCGUACACCGCCGCGGAUGUGCGUCGCCGUCCACGCAACAUGGUCAUUGGCAUCGUCGCCACCGUGCUGCUCGUCUUCUUUUCUGGUGUGGUGCUGGUGGGCAUCUGGAAAGCCCCCUACGUCCUGCUGCGGCUGGCCGAACUGACGGUGGGGGAGAUGGACGUCAUCCUCUAUGGCAACGGCUCGCAGCUGUUGCUCAACUACACUGCGAUGAACCGUUCCAUGUACGCGAGUGCCGUCGUGGCAGGCUCGGCACCGCGGUGGGUCGCGCGCGCCGAUUUGACUUCGCAGGCGUCCUUCCGGAAGGCGCAAGCCGACCCGGCGUACGCGAACUCCUCCGCGUACAAGAGCACGGCGGCAAACAUUUUGCUCAUCGACUCCGCGCUGGAGAAGACGGCAGGUAUCGGUCGCGGGUGGACGUACCGCGAGAUCGGCUACGACGAGGCCCAAAUCUUCUACUCUGCGGCGGACUACAUCGGCGUCUCAGAGAACAAAGGUCAGCGCGUGCACCUCAGCAUGGAUGCCGCAACGGUGCAGAGCAUUCUCGGCCCGAACACGCUUGCCUACAACAUCACCCGGCCCCGCUUCGCCACCGACCCGCUGUCGCUUUACAUCAUCGCCUUCUUUGAGCUGAACAACAUCACCGGCGACAGCAUUAGCAUCAUGGAGUUUAUUUCCUUUGCCAUGGAAGCCACCAUGGCAGACGCGGUGAAGUCCACCGAGGGCAAAUACUCGAGCGUGCUCGGCAACAUCGUCAUCAUGGAUUCCCGUGAGUUUCUCAACGUGAUUAUGGCACAGAGCGGCCUUGUCGGCUCGCAGACCCUCACGGCCAACACCAACUACUACUUCCCCACUAUCAGUGACCUCCUCAAUAUCAGCGCUCUCCCGAUGGGCAACAUCAACCUGAAUGACUACGCGAUGAUGGUCGUGGUGAUGCUCGAGGGCCGCUACGAUAUGUACUACUCCGACACGGAGCCGCGCGGGCGGAGGCUCACGGAGAAGAGCAACGAAUUGAUGCAAGCCGUCGGCCUCGACUUCGCGGGCUCGCUGCAGUUCCCUGUCGAGACCACGAUCGAGACCUUUGAUAUGUUCCGCAUUCUCAUGACGGCGACCUUCAUCACCGUUGUGGUCGGCAUCGUCGUGCUGGGGUGCAUUCUCAUGUUCACGUUGCUGCAGAUCAACGCCGAGGAGCGGCAGUUUGAGAUGGCGAUGAUCCGGGCGCAGGGCAUGCCGCGCCGGCAGAUCGUCGCCAUCUUGUUCAUGCAAACCCUCGUUUUCACGCUGCCGGGCACCGCGGCGGGCGUCUCGCUCAUCUGCGCCGCCAACGCUUUGAUUGAGCGUCUGCUCGCCAACUUUACGAAGGCGCCGGCGCGGCCGGGUCACGUGCCGAUUGUGGCGGUUGUGAUCAGCAUGGCGAUGGGUCUCGUGCUGCCGCUUGUGGCCACCUACGGCCCCGUCAAGGCGGCCCUCGGCAGCAGCCUGCGCGACGCUCUCGACAUCUACCGUCAAUCCUACAACGAAGCCCAUGUGAAGGCGAUUCGCUUGGAGGAGAUGGGGCUGCGCAUGUGGCAGAUUCUGCUGGGGCUUUUCCUCGUAGUAGCGGGCUUCACGGUUUACUACCUGAUGCCUCUGUCCUUCAUCUUUUCGAACAUGAUGAUGUUCUUCGUGCUACUGGACCUAGUGCUGAUCUGCAUGAUUGCUGGUCUAUGCAUGAUGAUGUACGUCCUCCAGCCUCCGGCGGAGAUUAUAGUACUGUACUUGCUUCUGUGGGGGAAGGAGACACGGCUGUGGAGGCUGAUUCGCAAGAACCUGCGAAGCCACCGAGACCGCAACGCAAAGGCCUACAUGAUGUUCCUCCUCAGCGUCGCCUGCCUCGUCUCCUCAGGGAUGAUGUUUGGCAUGCUCUCCAACAUCUCGGCUCAACUGGCGGAGCUGACGACGGGAGCGCCGGUCACCAUCACCUCCUCCAGCUUCUCCAACCCUCUAGCGCAGGACGAGUUGGACGCCUUCCUCCGCGACGAAGGCAGCACCUACGUCACGAAUUGGGCCUACUCGUCUUUUCCCCUGAACCAGUACCCGCAGGUGUCGGGCACCACGCAAGUGGGCAACUUAAUUGGCAGCUACCGUGGCAUCGGCGUGCGGGCCGUCACGGAAAACUUCAUGGAGGCGACGUACCCCGAUUUUAACAUGGUGCAGAGCUACCGCAACGAGUACAGCUACCCGUCCAACGCCUACCAUCAGCGCGACGUUGUGCGCAGCAUGUACGUGGACCCGCCAAACCGCACCGUGCAGGAGAGCGAGCAGAUGAUCGUGACCGGCUUUUCGUCCGGGGCGCCGGUGCCAAACGUGACGGGCAAGGAGACCUACGUCAUCCCGAUGCUCAUCUCGUCUGCGGCGCGGGACCAAAUCGGGCUGGAGGUGACCGCGGCGGCGCAGCUGCGCUACUCCUACCGCCUCAACGACACCGCCUCCGUGCAGUCCACCAUUUUCUACCUUGAGCCGCGCGCCCUGAUGAACCGCAUCUCCGGCUUCAUCGCGGUGUCCUCCCUGCCCGUCCUCUUCUCCUCCGGCACCAUUCUCAUCCCCACCUCCUACUUUCAGCAGCUACUCGACCCGGUGCACUUCGACUACGAUGCGGACAGCGACACCAUCAUCACGGACAAGGCGGUGAAGGAGGUGCGCCAGGCGACACUCUACGUGCAACUGCGUAAGGGUGUCACGACGCGGCAGCGCGAACGCUUCGUGAACGCGCUGCAGGCCCACACGAACACCUUGUACCACACCACCGUUGACACCGUCACCACGGUGGAGCACCUGAAGUCGGUGCAGAACCUGAUCCUGUACUUCUUCUACUUCACCGCCGUGAUUUGCAUUAUCCUGUGUGCCUUCAUGAUGUGGGUGACGUUCAUCUCGAAUGUGCAGCUGAAUGCGUGGACGUUUGGGGUACUCCGCUCGCUGGGCUUCCGCACCGCGCAGCUCAUGCGCAGCGCCGUCUACGAGGCUCUCUGCAUUGUUGUGUCUGCCUUUGUUUUUGGGUUGGGCGUGGGGAUCAUUGUGGGUGUCACGAUGGCAGUGGAGCUGUGCCGUCUCAUGGUCAUUCCGUUUCACUUUAGCUUCCCGUACGUGUUGGUGUUGAUUGUGGUGGGUCUUGCGCUGCUGGCGGCCGUGAUGGGAUCGAUUUUGCCCUUUUUGAGUCUGCGCAAGAAGCCCAUCUCUUUUGUGCUGCGGGGCGUCUAA